AUGGCAGAACUCAGUCUUGCGGCCUCGAUCGUCGGACUCAUCAGUCUAGGUAUACAAAUCAGCCAAGGACUCAAUCUCUACAUUGAUUCGGCAAGCAACGCCAAACCUCGCGUGCAGGCUAUUGCGACAGAUGUUGACCUUGCAAUUCAGGUGGUUACUCAACUAGAAAUCACCAUUGGAGAGCCCAGGAACAAAGCUCUGAUCAGUGACAGCGCCCAGCAGACCGCCAAAAGAUGUGUUUCACAAUUCAGCCUUGUGUUCGAGCAGAUCAAGCAGAAACUUCCAACACCUGGUCAAUCGGGUAUCAGAUCGUACCAAAAACUUAGGUGGCCGUUCACAGAAUCGAAAGUGAACCUGCUACGGGCCGAGCUAGGAAAUGCGAAGGCUACAUUGCAACUUCUGAUGACUGUCAUCACUUUUGCAGCCAUGAAGCAGAGAUAUGCAAAUGUAGCGUCUUUAGAGCAACGUGAACAGCUGAUCCGAAGAUUGAAACGAGAAGACGCCGAAGCUGCCGCCAAGGUCGCAACCCUCAAGCGAAUACAGGACGAAGACAGAAGUCUGGGACCAGGGUCAGCUUACGACCGCCACUCAGAGACGAUACGAGCUGCAUCUUCAUGGGAAUCCUCCGUGUCCGAUGAAAUUUCACAAAGCAAUUCUCAGCUGGUCGGCGAAGAUAACUGGCAUACUGCGAACGACUCUGGGAACGGUUUGGGGAUGGACUUCACAGAGGCUUUAUGUUCUGACUAUAACGUCUGUCUGGACCACUUGAGAGCACUGGAAGUUAGUAUCAGAAACGCGCUCCACGAUUUGCGAAAGCUGGAAUCGUUAGGUACAAGUGAUUCGUUCACCGAAGCAAAACGUGGGAUCGUGAACGACGUCAACAAGCAUGGCCAUCGAAUGGUGCUCUGCCUGAACAAACGUAUUGUCAAGUCGAUUCGAAGUCGUAGACUGAAGCGAGAACACGAUGGCGAUGAAGGUCAGAGGAUAAGUGAAUCUUCAAGCAAAAGUCCGGUUUCCGCAGAUGACCGCAACCCCGAGAUUGACGCGACUCACGUACAUGAUCACUUUAUGGAUGCAGUGGAAUACCAAUUAGAGGAUCCUGAAGUGAGAGACCCCUGCCCAAGAGCCGGAGGAGACCACAGCGAGAGGCCUACCGGCGUGAGAGUAGAUGCAGAAACCGCUGUGAGUAAAGUGACGCAAGUCGCAGAGACUUCAGUCGCAGCGGUGAAGUCGGAGAGGGAACGCGAGAUUCACAAGUCCGACAAUGCCUUCACCUUGUCUCGCCAUCACCAACGCGGAGAGCAAGCCACCCCAAACCUGAACGUAGAACCUGAAAGAUACCGACAAGAGGAUAUAGCUAGCGAAACAGAUUUCAGAGAAGCUGUUGGCAGGGUGCCAAAAUCUUGGAAGCAGGAGUCGUGGGAAGGUCGUCACUGGGAUAACCCCUACUUGCCACCUCAUGCCUACCACUAUCGAGAUGGACAUCAGUACGACACCGCUUUCAACGAGCCACAGUACUCCAACCUUCACCGCUCAUACCUGCAAGGUUACGAAACAAGAAUCCCUGCCAAUAUUUAUAUUCACAACAAUAUCCCUAUCAACCAAGAAACGACCAUUGCACAUCGUACGGAUUCGAGACUACCUAUGGCUACCUCUAUGUUUUCUACACCGCAAUCUCCGCAAGUACCGAUGAUGCAACCGCCAAUCUUCAUGCAUCAACAAGUACCCAUGAUCGCCGCUCCUUUCACAGAAGACGAUCACGCCCUCCGAGCUCAACGCCUAGGCGAACAAUUUCCUCACGAACCGACCCCAGUAAUGCACCACCAUCGCCACCAUUCUGUCUUACCUGAUCGUUCUACCGAGCUCUCUCGUCUGCGCUGGGAACUCGAACAGCAGCGCCGCGGUGCAGCAGCCGCAGACGCUCGCCAUCGCCACGAUAGAGACAUUGCGGCCCUGAACCAACGGUUCGAGCUUGAACGAGGUGAGGUAGAAAUCACGGCAGCCAGAGCAGAACGCAUUCGCGAAGUGGAGGUCAACGCCCUGGGAAUGAAGCUGGAUUUGGAUCCUACGAAGCAACAGGAAGGAGGCGCAACGGCACUCGAAUCUCGCCGCCGUUACCGCAAUGGGGCAACCGCGCCAGGAAUCAAGAUUGCAGACAACUACCGAACCGGGCACGUAUCACAUGGACGUACUCGCUCUGAGGAAGGUCGAAAAGAAACCAAGAACUUUCCGCCAUCCAAAGAUAGGAAUGACGACAACAGUUCAGACAACACCGCGAGUGACGACAUUGAGAACUUGGUCCGUGAUUGGACUAAUCUUUAUGAUGAAGAUUCGACAAUUGUUAGACGUGCAGCAGCUGAGCGUGACCGCAGUGUCGGAGGGGCGACAAACAUUGCCCCAGCACCGCACACGUACCGCUCGGUACAGGAUCCUUGUAUACUAGAGAACAAGGGAUUCUUCGCUAGCAUAGAAGCCCGCAAGCCUCCCGAUCAAAUGAUGACGUUCGCGAGAGAUAUCGCUACGCAGAAGUCGGUGACUGAAGCUGUCUCGUCACAAGCGACCACACGCUCUGCCGACUAA